AUGCGGAUUAGAACUACCGCGAGAUCUUACUUGGCUUUAAGCCACUUUAUGGGUUCUGAUCUUAGCGUGGUUCUCCUUGACCUACUCCAAAAACAUCGGAUUGAAGAUCUCGUGCUGACUGUGACUACCGAUAAUGCAUCUAAUAACUUCACAUUCAUUGAAAGUGUGCAAAAUUCUCUCCAGUCAUUCGAGCUACCAAAUCAGACGCCGAUUAUCCGUAUGCCCUGUAUGGCACAUGUGAUUCAACUCAGUCUGAAUGCGCUUCUUGGCAAAAUGGAAGCGGUCCCAAAGAAUGACAAAGAAGAGGUGGAAUGGAUCGAGGCAGAGAAUAACGCCCGGCGAGAAAAUCGAGAAAUUGUUCGGCGACUAGCGGUCUGGAUUAACAAAAGCUCUCAACGCCGAGAGGCCUUCUUGAAUCUCCAGGCGAAAGAGCCAAAGCUUCUUCCAAUGCAAGACGUUAAAACUCGCUGGAAUUCAACAUUUUUGAUGUUACGCCGAGCUAAACGACUGCGGGCUACAUUUGAUGAAUACUGCCCUGAAUACGAUCUCCAGGACCUCGUGCUUUCACCAGAUGAAUGGCGACAAAUCGACUACCUUCUUACAAUCACACAGCCAUUCUUUACUUUCACAACCACCCUCUCAAAGACUAAGGAUGUGUCGGUCCACAUAGUCUUUGGUAUCUACAAUAUGCUCUUUGAUCAUCUUGAAAAGUCUAUAGCACAGCUUGCACGGAAAAAAGUGAAAUGGAAAACAACGAUGAUGUCUGCCCUACAGCAAGCAAAGCAGAAGCUAUCAGACUACUAUGCUCAGACCGAUGAGAUUCAUGGUGAUCUUUAUGCGAUUGCUACAAUUAUAGCGCCACAGACUAAAGUUCAUUUCUUCCCUGGAAAAAAUUGGACAGGGACAUACCGUGCUCAGUACCGCAAGAGUCUCGAGAAAUACCUCGAGCCAUAUCAACAACGAUAUUGGGAGUCACAGCCUACAGCAAAUGGACAAUCUUCGGCAGAGCAGAUCUCUGAGCUUGAUAUCCUUAUCACACCGGACGUAUCUACCGAGAAUCAAACGAAUGGGCUUAGUGAACUUGAUCGAUAUCUUGGGAUCAGCACUCGUAUGAUAAAUCCACGUGUGUUUUGGAAGAAUAAUCAACAUGAGUUCCCUAUACUCGCAAGUAUCGCACGGGACGUUCUCUCGAUUCCUGCUACAGGCUCUGGUGUUGAGCGGUUAUUCAACUCUGCUCGUGACAUCUGCCAUUACCGCCGAGGCUCCUUGAAGCCCAAAAAAAUCAGCGAUCUUAUGAUUUUUAUGUGUACGACAAGAUUUCAGAUUGAAUCCGAGCAGCUUGCGUUCAUUGAGGAGUAUCUCACAACACAAGAGAUACAGGCAGUAAGUGAAGAACAGGAUGCCCAGAAACCAAAGGGGCCUAAGGGGCCUAAGGAGUGCAAGGAUGAAUUUGAUCUGAUUAGUGACGACGAAGAUGCUCUCGCAGCCACAUCGGAGACCUUGCCUGUACCUAGUAGGAUCGCACUUGGUAAAAGGCCAAGGAAAGAUGAUAUAGAGAACCCGGAGCCACUGAUUGAGCUGGAUGAUGAGGAUGAAAUCCCCCUGCCUGAUAUUUGCGACCACUAUGGAGAAAGUAGUGCAGAGAGGCGUACAUCAGGGCGGGUCCCAAAGCGUUCCAAACGAGAUGACAAUGAAUGGGAGUAUCCCAAGCCUUAG